AUGGCGGAUUCCUCGCCAGCACUCUCCCUGCGGGAAAGCAGUCCCCGCGCCGCCAGGCCCUGGUCUCCUUCGCCGCCGCCGCGCUCACGCUCGGGCUCCGAGGCCGAGGAGGCCGAGCUGUCGCUGAGCCUGGCCCGCACCAAAACCCGCUCGUACGGCAGCACCGCGAGCGUGCGGGCGCCACUGGGCGCCGGCGUCAUCGAGCGCCAUGUGGAGCAUCGGGUCUGCGCCGGCGACACGCUGCAGGGCAUCGCGCUCAAGUAUGGAGUCACGAUGGAGCUGAUAAAAAGAGCAAAUAAACUGUUUACCAAUGAUUGCAUAUUCUUGAAGAAGACUUUGAACAUCCCAAUUAUAUCAGAGAAGCCUUUGUUGUUUAAUGGACUUAAUUCAGUUGAUUCUCCAGAAAAUGAAACUGUUGACAGCAGUUGUUCCCCUGAAGAGCCGGUGGUGGCUGAGGACGACCUCUCUCCUCCUGGUCCUCAGGAGGCUGACGUGCAGCCUGAGCAGCCUGAAGAAGUGUCAGCCAGAGACUUCCUGCAGAGACUAGACUUGCAGAUUAAGUUAUCAACGCAGGCAGCCAAGAAACUGAAAGAAGAAAGCAGAGAUGAUGACAGUCCCUAUGCAACUUCCCUCUAUCACAAUUAG